UUCCUUGGAUACCGAUUCCGAUGUUUGAUCGUUUGACAUCAAGUGGAGUGUGCUGCAGCAACGAGGAAGCAAAACAUGCCAGUGAUCUUGAAAAACCACACCUGGAGUCAGGACUCGGAAUGGGUGACGAUUCAGGUUCCCUUCCCGGAGAAUUACCUCCGGCAGGAGGAGGUUUUCACCAGCGAGCGUUUGCUCAAGAUCAACAAAGCCCCGUACUACUGGGAAGCGUUGCUUUCCAGUGCGAUUGAGGAGGACGAAAGUCGCUGUUCGAUUCUGGAGAAUGAAGUGAUUUUCACGCUGAAGAAGAAGGAAACGAACUUGGAGUGGACCCGGAUGGAGGUGGAUGUCGGUCGAGGGGAGAGAGUGAAGUUGAAGGAAGAGCUGCUGGAUGAGCACCAGAAGAGGCUGGAGGCGAAGGCGAAGCAACGGGCGAUCGAGAAGGACCAGAAGAAGCGAGAUGAGAUUUCCCGGCAGAUCGAGAGGGAUGGCAACGAAAGGACGGCGAUAGAGAAUUUACUGGCGGAGAGUAAGCGGAAGGAGAUGGAGCGAAUGGAGGCUGAGAAUAGAAAGAAGGUGGUAGUGCAGAGAAAGGACACUCCGCGUCCGAAAGAGUUCAAGAAACCCAAGGUGAUCGAGGAAGUCCCAGCGGUUCGAAGAUCCGGAACGGUGCAAGUGACAUUUACGAAGCGGAACUUUAUCACUCCGAAACGGGAAUCGCUGGAGCAAGACGAACGGGACUGGAUUAUGAAGCAAGCGGCAGCAAAAAAGGCAACUGGCUUUGUGGAUGAUGACCUGCGACCGGAGGAACAGAACCCGGAAUGGUUGAAGCAGAAGGGAGACGCGUUCUUUCAGCAGGGGAAUUAUCUUGGCGCGAUUUCGGCAUAUUCGGCUGGGAUUCGGUUGACAAAGAACUACUACUCGCUGUUCCUGAAUCGAUCGGCGGCUCACUUUGGGAUGGAGAACUAUCAGCGAUGCGCUGAGGAUUGCUCAGCAGCUCUGGUCCUGCUGGAUCCCCCCGUCGAAGCGAACAGAAAAGCUCGCGUCGCUUGUCUGGCCCGAAGAGGUGCUGCCCUGGUCAAGCUGGGAUUUCUUCGGCAAGGAUGUGACGAACUGAUUGCCGCUUCCAAAUUGGACCCCGAAAACGACGGCCUUCGGCGAGAAGCGGAGAUGGUUCAGAGAAGACUUGAGGAGUGUGAUACAGAUUCCGAGUAGACUGCGAUUAAUUUCCAAUAAAUCAUCAUAU